CACCACAAACCAGCAUUCGGCAUUCAUACAAAAAUCAGAGCAAUGGUAGCAGGUUCAUCAACAACAGGAAUGUGGUCCUUGGUCAAGGAUAUCGAUCACACUAAGUACACCUGGGCAAUCCAGGUUCGGGUGGUUAGGGCAUACGAGGUUCCUCCGCACUCCAAGGGAGGGGAGACUCUUGAAAUGAUUUUGCAUGACGGAGAGGGUGAUCGGAUUCACGCCAUAAUCAAGAGGCCGCAGAUAGCUAUGUACAGGCCUAUGAUAACGGAGAACAAAAUUUAUGCCAUAAGAAACUUUUUGGUGCUUGACAAUUACCAAACGGUGAAGACUACAAGUCAUCCCUACCUAAUUCAGUUCAUCUCGAAAACCCAAUUCAGGGAAGAUACGAGGACAGAACUGCCUAUGAUGGUCUAUGAUUUCCAGCCUUUUGACAUGUUGCACGCCCAAAUGGUUAUCAAUGACAAGAGUCUCAUUGAUAUCAUUGGGAAGGGGUAACAGAUUGGGUAGCGUAUUGUGGAACAAGUACAUAAACCGGUAUUUGGAUUAUGUUAAUGCUAAUGAAGGAGUGCCUGUCUUUGUGAUAUUUCAGCUUUGUAGACCAAAGAGAUAUACCAAGGGAUCUUGACUGUGAAUUCCUCCUUUGAUGUGCCAAAUCUCAUCAUAAACGGGAACACUACUGAGUUCCUAGAGUUCCAAAACGAGUUUCCAGCUGAUGGUGAUGACACCAUGACUCAAACCUGCAACACUCAGUGCUCACAGGUGGAUGGGAGGGAUGAUAUACUCAGUGGAAAUGAUGUCAUUACCACCAUGGAAGAUUUGAUGAAUGCAACUGAGGUGAUUCCUAAAACUUAGAAGUUGUUAUAGUUGUGGAAUUUUCUAUGGUAAUAUGCCCACUACUAACAAAAAAUUUGUACUUGAGCGGGAGAAUGUUUACUGGGUACUUGCUGAGAUAGUUUGUAUAGAAAACUUUCGUGAAUGGUGCUGCCUUAGUUGCCCAACAUGCCACAAAAAAUUGCAGCCUAAAGAGGACAGGUUUUGGUGUACAACUUGCAGCAUGAUCCUGGCAGAAGGAGUUUAUCGGUUCAUUACUUUACCUAAUGUGUUCUAAUGAUUGUAGGCUGUCUAGGUUUUCAUUUUGAUAAAAACCAUUGUUACUCUCUAAUAAAUUAGCUACAAGAUCAGCGUGUGUAUUAUGCACAACACUGGGCAUGGCAACUUUAUCAUAUGGGACAAGGAAUGCAUAGAAAUUCUGGGUAAAGCUUCUGCAAGUCUUAAAGUCGAGGUUGAGCAGGUAACAAUAUAAUUUGUGGGCUGUGUUUACUUUUAUGAGACCUAAAAUUGAUUUUGGGUUUAACUACAUAACUUGGAUUUUAACAUAGAAAACUGGGGAUCCAACUCGCUUUUCGAAAGACAUCGAAAGUUUGGUUGACAAAAAGGGAAUCUUCAAAAUACAGCUAAGGAAGAAGAAAGCUGAGGAAAAUGCCUACAGUGAUGGAAUUUCUCUAGGGGUGGUUAGCAUCAUACGAGAUACUAAUGUUCUCGCAAUGUAUGAGCAAAAGGAGCACUUAGAAAUUAAUGAAUGUGAUGAGCGUACACCAGAAAAGGUAUUUAGAAAAAGUAAUAUUUUGCCUCUUGAAUUUAAAAUUUUAAAUAAAUAUGACAACUAAAUGUGUAAUAUUUUGUUCCGGAUUGAUUCAAAUGCCAAUUUGGGAGAGACCUCCAACAGAGAGAAAUCCAUUGUCACAAAGGGCAAGGGGAAACGAAUUUCAGCAGAGAAGGAGGUAAACGCUCGACAACUAACAUGCCCAUAAUAUUUUCCUUACGAAAUUCUGAAUAUGGAUCACUAAACGGGUAGUAAUGCUAGAUUUCUGCACCUAUUGAGCUCCCAGACUCACCUACAGCUUCUACCCAAAGGGAGGUCAACGUUGAAUUGAAUGGUGAGAUCAAAAGAAACUUGAAUGAUGAAUUUUCAAGCAGUGAGAAUGGCAAGAAGCUGAAGAUCAAAAUUAAGCAGGAACCGCUCUAAAGCGGGUUCAUACCCAGGAUAACAUUGCAUGAUAUUUUGUUGGCACCGACUGUGGUGUUUAUUAUUGAAUGAAAACAGUUUCAUAGGCAGUAUGUAUGCCUUCACUUUUUGGGAGUACUGAAAACUGUUUAACAGACCUUUAAACACUACAUUAUGACUAUUGUGUGGUGUGCUAUUUUUUUAAACUAUGUGUUGGAAGAUCCUUAUCUAUAUAUUUGGGCAGAUUUGUAGGAUUUCAGAGAAGAAUAUUCCUACACCAUUUAGGGACGUCUAGCCACCUAAUUUCUUUGUAUUUUUUAAACAAAAAAUUGUAUUAACACUAACGCAUUAAUAAAUGUUUUGCCGGUUGAUGAAAAAGUGGUGGGCUAAGGCAAAUGCUACCAAUGGUUUGAGAAGAUGGCGUAACUGCAAGAUGAGGGCACAGCUCGAAGGGAAUGGAGUUCGUCCUAAGGGAUGAUAUUUUAGAAGCAUUCAAUGUUAAAAUCGUACCUUUGACAUCCCCUGAAGCAAUGCUAAAAUUUCAAAUACAAAAUAAGGAUUUCACUCCAUUUUUUGGGAAAGACAAUAUGUAAAAAAAAAAUAUCUGCCCAAAAUGUCAAUGAAGUGUAUGUAUUUUGAAAAUAUCUUCAAAAAUAGAACCACGUCUAACAAAUAAAUAUCUGUACAGAUGUCAAAAACUUGAAUAUAAUAGAAAUUUAACCAACAUUUUAUAGGAGCAACUGUGUUAAAGUUAAUUGCUUAUGUGACGAAAAGGGG